CAAAGCACACCAAGGGAGGCUCAGCUUGUCGAAAAUGGCAGCGCGAGGAGCGAAGCAGAUAGACGCGAGAGCAGUGAAGGUACUGGGAAAGCUGAGCAGCGAAAACUUGGAAAAGGUACUCGAGAUUCUAAAGCAGGGACCAGAUCUCCGCCGAUUGUCUCUCGAUUUGAGUUUCCUUUCUCCGUUGUUUCAGUUGGUGCACGGGGUGAUAGACGGAGUGUGCGAGAAGCAGGGGCCGCGCUACGAGACGUUCGCCAAGACUCUGAGUCUUGCCGACUUCUCGAGGCUCGUCCGCUGCGUGGAGGCUGCGGUGAAGGCAGUAGGGAGAGAGGGAGGGAGCAAGCAACAGAUUGUGGAGCGACUGUGUGAAGCAGGGUUGGACGGGGAGGUCUGUUCGGUGAUGGGGGAGUGUGUGAGUGUGAGGAGUGAGGAACUGCGGACUCAGCUACUCAGAGAGAGUGCAAAAGUCUCUCCCUCCAGUCUCACUGACUUUGACUGGAAACUCAAGCUGGUGAUGUCCAGUGAUAAGCUGGGAGAUAUUCAGAGGCCUGUGUUGAACCUCGACCUUGACCUCGUGGACAACGGACAGAGGAGACUGGAGAGCAUCGAACUCAGCCAGCCAGAGUUGGAGAGACUCAUUUCUUCACUAGAGUCUGCCAACAAGGUCGUGUCACAACUGAGAACAUAGCACAGUGUGUGAGUGUGUGUGUGUGCUUCUGUUAAGGUGUGUGUUAUGUGUCCGUUUAGUAUAUAUAGGUUACCCGACCUUGGAGAUAAAAUUUUUCCGUUAGACUUUCAAUUGAUGAAAUUGUGAUCUCUAAAUUAGUGAGCUAUAAUGUAUCAGUGAACGGAGUAGUGGAGCUAAGAAA